CAGGGUUUGAUCCUCGCUCCUAUCUUGCCAGUAUUCCUAGUUCCUCAGCCGAACCAUCUACGUCUUCAGCAACAUCUACGCUUCAGCAUCUUGAAGAAAUUACAAAAUCAGCAGUUAGUACUGAUGAAACUUGCACUAGUGUAAAGAAUUUUGCCCAGCCUACCAAGACAGAGCCUGUAGACAUAACCUGUAAAAGUCCGGUACCUACAUCAUCCUUUGUCACUUCAAAUUCCCUCUAUCAUGGCUUAGGCUCACUGAAAUUUACCUCAUCUGGUAUGACACUGCCAUUAGCUGUUACUCCUCUUCCAACAGAACAAGAUCAAGAGAGAAAGGACAAGCCAAAUAUUUGUGCUUCUUGUAAUAUAUCCUUCCAAUCAGCAUCAGAGCUUCAGACACACCUUACUCAGCACAAGGGCCAGAGGACCGUCCCCUGUGAAGUUUGUGGGAAGUUGUUCAUGUCAGCAGAACGUGUGCGUAUUCAUUUUCGUGCAGCACACGGAGAAAAGGUAUGCUCAUGUGAAACCUGUGGGAAAGGUUUUACUCGUCAGAACAAGCUCUUUGAACACAUGAAAACACACUUAGGGAACAAACGUUUCUUUUGUAACAUUUGUAAUAGAAGUUUCUCGCAGAAGAACCACCUGACUCGACAUUCCAUGAUCCACACUGGAGAACGACCCUAUCCUUGUGAUUUCUGUGGUAGGGGAUUCUACAGGAAAGACAAGCUGACUCGCCACAGACGAAUUCAUACGGGAGAAAAACCGUACGUGUGUUUCACAUGCGGAAAAGCUUUUUAUCGCAGGGACAAGCUCACUCGUCAUUACAAAAUGCACACUGGAGAUAAGCCUUUUAUGUGCCCUGUCUGUGGAAAGCGAUUUGUAAUGGAAGUAGAUUUGAAGAAGCACAACUGUUCAGUUCACCAGUUGUCAAACAGUAGCCCCAGCAAGGCAUCCUUCAGCCAAUCGGUUCACCAGUUGUCAAACAGUAGCCCCAGCAAGGCAUCCUUUGGCCAGUCGGUUCACCAGUUGCCAAACAGUAGCACCAGCAAAGCAUCCUUCGGCCAGUCGGUUCACCAGUUGCCAAACAGUGGCACCAGCAAGGCAUCCUUCGGCCAAUCAGUUCACCAGUUGCCAAACAGCUCCAGCAAGGCAUCCUUCAGCCAAUCGGUUCACCAAUUGCCAAACAGUAGCACCAGCAAGGCAUCCUUUGGCCAAGUGAGUGCCACCAGCGGAGGAAAACACUUGCUUACACACACUGAAGAAUCUCAACAACAACAACAACCACCACUACUUACUGGAGUUCAAAGUGAAUCUUCAGGGCAACCUCAGGCAUUUCAAAACAUCACUCUCACCAGGUAAAAUGCUAAAUAGAACUUUGUGUGUAUGUGUGUGUGUGUGAACCUCCUCAAAGCAUUAUUAAGACAUGUUAAUAAUCCUACCAGAUAGAAGUAUUCGUCUUUACAUGGGCAUUCUAAAAAUACAAGUAUCGUACGACGAGUCCUGCUGGUAAACAAAACCAAGUACUUACAAGAUUAACGUGUGUUGUUAAAUGCUAGAAAGACGUCACUAUUUUAGUGAAACAUUUGAUUCAGGAUCAUCAAUGAAAUUCCUAACCUACCAAGAAUACUUUUUUUUUUUGCAAAAUGAAUCUAAUUAUAAAUUUUAGUUUUUUAGUUGUUUUUUUUUUUGAGCUAACCAGUUUUAUAUAGAUUAAUUGGACACAUGUUUAUGAGAGGACUUUUUAAAAUGAUUGUAUCAUUUUUUUUGCUGUAUUUUCUUUUAUUUUUAUAUCUUGUAAUACGAGUUCCAUUGUCAAAAAAAAAACAUUGAAAAAAGUUUUUUUUAUU